AUGUCCAGCCAGAAGUCACGGACAGGGGAAGCUCGUCUGGCUUUCGAGAAGGCUGGUGGCUUUUACGUGGUCAUGGGAGAGUUUGGGAAAGCUGCUGAUGCACUGGUUAAGGGAGCACAGGUAUGUGAGAGUCAGGGGUCUAGUGUGGACGACGUGCUGCCGCUUUACACACACGCGUGCGAGCUCCUCGAGGCUCAAGACAAGUCCCACUUUGCAGUCAAAACGUUUAGCAACCUGCAGAGUUUACUCGUGAAGUAUGAGCAACACCUCGUCGCGAUUGCGUUGCCAUACCGUGUGAUGGUGUUGAAUGAAGCUAUGGACCAGCGCCACAAUGUGCACAGGUGCCGGUUGAGCCAAGUCAUUCUUCACCUGGCACCGAAGGGCGUACAAGCAGAUGGUGCUCUGUAUUCAAAGUGCUUGCAAGAUGACGCGCUCUUGUCGUCGAUGGUUGUGUCUUUGCAGAAGACUUCGUGUUGGCCUCCGAAGCGUGCAACGAAGACCUACUGCGAGCAACGGUACGGAAGCCGGGAUUUCUUGCACUGGACAACUAAAUUGGACGCGUUAGUCGUAAAUAAUCGAUCUACGGGUUGGGAGAUGCUGCGGCUGGUGGUGCUCAGCCGCAAGCUCGGCACCAGCACGGGACAGCUCCGUCGUCGAGUGGGAAACGCACGCAAGAGCGACAGCAGUCAGGCAAGCAACAGCAGUCAGGCAAGCGACGCAACCCGUUUGCACCUUCUGCAAGAGCUCCUUGUGCAGAAUGGAAUUUGUUUACAUCUACUUCAAGAGCUCCAGCACAAGCACCAGUGUCUUCACUCACGUCGGAGUACAGUCGUCCGGGGCGCCGACAACAGCGAGCACGUUUGCCGACAGCGAUUACGAAGCUGCUGCGCUGUCCGAAGCCCUUGGCACUGUUGCUGUUACAAAACAGGCCAAGACUUGUUCACGAUUGGCUUCGGUUUCCAAGUGUGUGCAACCCGUGUCGCCAGGGCCAGUUGGCCUGUCCUUAUCAUCGGGCUAUCACCGAUCAUGGCUUCAUCGUCGUCGCCUGCAGCAGCGCGUGCAAGCGCUUGCAUGGAUUACGGAUAUGACGACUUGAAGUAUGGCAUGCCGGAUUCCGACUUGCUCGAGUUUUCCAUGGAUGAGCCGACCGGGGUUGAUGUAGGUGAGAGGUCGGAUUCUUUAAGAACGCCUACAGCACCGGCAUCCAAGACUAGGGUGCCAGUGCAAGAACUUAGACCGACGCUGAAGGCACCCGCGCACGAUGAAUUUGAUCUCACAUAA